AUGGAACUGUUUGUACAGCGGAAGAAAAGAGUCCAAGAAGUCCAUGAAAACGGUCCAUUUGCCAAGGAGCGAAAAGCAAGGGAAGAGGUCCGUGCUGCUAUACCUUUGCAUUCGCUUGAUCAUGUCCAGACAUUUUUGAAAAUCGUAAGGGAAGAAGAAAAUGUUAUGGGAGAACUUCAACGAUUGAAUUUCACUACAAAAUUUCCACUUCACGAUUAUAAACUCAUCCAGAUACCUAGGGCAAUGCUGAAGGAUGUAACUGAGGGCCAAAAGUAAGA